CUCAUCAUUUAUUGCAUCUCUCCAGCGACCAAAAGGCUAAAAACCAAGUCUCUUGCUUCCUUUACUACUGGUGACAAAACUCUUCAACAGAUACCUUCCGUAUUUGUGUUCGGGCUAGAAAACAAAAAGAAUCUCUGAUCAGUUGGAUAGCAGUCAUCGUUUUGUUUUAGUAGAACUUCAUUUCCAGUAUGUUUAAGAAAUUUUUCUUUGUCCUUGCUACUUAACAUUCUUUAUCUCAUCCACAUUUGGUUUUUUGUCUUUUGCCGAUACCUUCCGCAUUUGUGUUUGGGAAAAAAAAUCUCAGUUGGAUAGCAGUCCUCGUUUUGUUUUAGUAGAACUUCAUUCCACUAUGUUUAAGAAAUUUUUCUUUACCCCUGCUAUGUAACUUUCUUUAUCUUAUUCACAUUUGGAUUUUUUUUUUCCUUCUGCAGAUAUCUUUUGUAUUUGAGUUUUGGAAAAAACAAAAAACAAAAAAAUCUCUCCGUUACUAGCAGUCAUCAUUUUGUUUUUACAGAAUUUCAUUUUCAGUACAUAAGAUAUCUUCUACAGUACUGACAAAGGUAUGUUUAAGAAUCUUUUUAAAAUUUGCUCUUGCUAUAUAACUUUCUUUAUUUCAUCCACAUGUUACUUUUUCUUCUUUCCAAAUACCUUCUGUAUUUGUGUUACGGGAAAAGACAAAAAAACAAAUAAAUCUCCCAAUUGGAGUCAUUGUCUUUAGCAGAACUUCAUUCCCAAUACAUUAGAUCUCUUCGACAUUACUGAUAAAGGAACAAAUAAACAAAAGAAGAAAGAGGAAAGCAACCAUACUGAACGGAAAGAGUGAUCGGUAAAAAAAUUGAAAAAAGAAGCAAGCAAGGUUGGCAAGCAAAUGGCCUUAGAAAUUGUGGGAUUAAUUACAGAGCCAGUUGUGAACUACAUAGUCAAACCAAUUGGACGACAACUUGGUUAUCUGAUGUUUUACAGGAGAAACAUCCAGAAUCUAAAAGAUGAAAUGGAGAAGUUGGAUCAGAUUAGAGCAGAUGUGGUUCAAUUGAAGGAGGAGGAGGAGAGAAAUUUGAGAAGUGUCGGAACCGUUACUGAGGGUUGGCUCAAAGAAACAGAUGACAUCUUAAAAAAGACCAACACUAUUCUGCCAAGUGAAGCUGAUAUUGGAAAGGGGUGUCCAAGUCAAGGUUUGAUUUCGUGUUGGGUGUUGAGUAAGAAAGCUAAGAAGAUAAUUGACACUGUCAUCCAACGACAAAAUGAUGGGAGAGAGUAUGCGAAACUUUACUAUUCUGCUCCUCCUGAUAAGGCUUGCAUUGUAAGCAAGAAAGACUCUGAUGAGAAUGAUGGUAUGUCAAGACAAUUAAUCAUGACAGAUAUCAUUAAAGCUCUAAAUGAUGAGGAGACCACUAUGAUUGGGAUAUGUGGUCCAGGUGGUGUUGGGAAGACGAGGAUGGAGAAGAAGGUUAUUGCAAAGGUCGAAGGGGAAAACUUGUUUGAUAAGGUUGUGUUCACAGUAGUUUCCCAACAAUUCAACUUGGAAAAGCUUCAAGCCUCAAUUGCAAAACAAUUGGGUCUAGAACUUAAUGAAGAGGAUAAGAACAUGAGAGCUAUCAAACUAAAUACAAGACUGAAGAGAGGGUAUAAAAUUCUCCUAAUAUUAGAUGAUGUUUGGGAAGAACUGGAUUUAGAGGAAAUAGGAAUUCCCUUGGGGGAUGACCACAAAGGUUGUAAAGUCAUGCUAUCAUCGAGAAAAAAAGAAGUAUGCCUUUUUAUGGUUCAGAAUACAGAGAAAAUUUUCACCAUAGAUUCAUUGAAUGAUGAAGAAUCCUGGAAUCUCUUUAAAAGAAAAGCUGGUGAUAGAGCUAUUAAUCCUGCCUUUAAUCAAAUUGCACAAGAAAUUUCAAAGGAAUGUGGGGGGUUACCCCUUGGAAUAAUAACUGUUGCAAAAGCGUUGAAAGAUAAAAGUCAGGAAAUAUGGGAAGGUGCACUUACACAGCUAAAAUCAGUCCUUCCAGAAAACAUCACAGGAUUGGGAAAAGUAUAUAAAUCCUUGAAGCUGUCCUACGAUCAUCUAGAAAAUGAUGAAGCAAGGAAGUUAUAUCUGCAUUGUUGUUUAUUCCCAGAAGAUUACUCUAUACCCCUGGAAACUCUUGCCAGGCGUGGAAUGAGUUUGGGCAUGUUUGCACACAUUAAUAGUCUUCAAGAAGCUAGGAUAAGGGUGGAAUUAUUGGUUGAUCAGCUCAAAAGUUGUUUCCUGCUACAAAAAGACAAGGAUAAUAGCUCGGUCAUAAUGCACGAUGCUCUUCGAGAUUUAGCAAUAUAUAUUACAUCCAGAGAACAACAUAUUUUUGGGAUAAACCAUUGUUUGAAGGUAAAUCAAUGGCCAAACGAUAUUCAUCAUGAAGAGGUGACUUGCAUUUCAGUACAGUCAAGGACAGCUGUAAAGCAUCCAAAGACGCUAAAUUGCCCAAGAUUGGAAUUCUUAGAAAUAAAAAUGGAAGCAGGGGGUAUUUCUUAUCUGCAUGAUGAUAUUUUCCAUGGUACAAGAGCCCUCAAAACAAUCGAAGUAUCUCGCAUGCGAUUUUCACUUAUGCCGUCGUCAAUUGGAUUGUUAAAGAAUUUGUGCAUGUUAACAUUGUUACACUGCGAGAUGGAGGAUAUAUCAUUGAUAGGUGAGUUAGUUAACCUUGAGAUCCUGAGUAUGAGAUAUUCACAGUUUCGAGUUGUUCCAGCUGAACUAGGAAAGCUAGAGAAGCUCAGGUUAUUGGAUUUGAACUGUGAUAUUAUUGAAAGAAUUGAACCAGGAGUCCUAUCAAGUUUUCUUGAGUUAGAAGAACUUGAUAUGGAAGGAUGUCGUGGAGUUGAAUGGGAAGUCGAAAAUAAAGUGGAACAGAGCAAAGUCAAAAACGUCUCACUUGCUGAACUGCAGGUGAUGCAGAAUUUAACCACGCUAAGAAUUGUCAUAUCUGACAGAGUUAUCCCAAAAGAUACAAGUCUUCCUGGUGGGCUAACGAGGUUUUUUAUACACAUAGUGUCGUCUGAUAGUUCUGGAAUAUCUGAUUUUCGACCCUCUGCAAAUUUUUAUCGUGAAUUCUCCAAGACGGUGUUGUGUAGUUCUAAUGCAGAGCAUGUAGCGGAUUGGCUAAGCAACGUUGUAGUGCGUGCUGAAAAAGUCGAGUUGAGGAAUAGUGUAACAAGCCAUGUUAUUGAUUUAUUGGCGAGAGAAAGUUUCCAGCAUGUGAAGUUCUUAGUUGUCAGUGAUUGUAAAGAAUUGUUGUAUCUUGCAAAUAUGUCAAAUUUGAUCUAUCCCUGCGAGGCUCCAAGUCAAUAUACUAAUUGUUUUGCCAACCUCGAAGACCUUAGCAUCAGCAAUUGUGAGGAAAUUGUUUAUGUUCUCCCUAUGCCGGUGGCGUCCACAACUUUGCCACUUCUUAAAAGUCUAGAAAUAAACUCGUGUAAGAAGUUGGAACAUGUGUUCCUUCUAGAGGAAGAUAAUCGGAGUGGUGGGCAUGGAAUUAGCCAGAUUGAUAAGGUUAAGUUCCCUAGACUGGAGAGAAUAGAGCUUGAAAAUUUAGAGGCGCUAAAGGGUUUCUGCAAUGGGACUUACAACAUCGAGCUCCGUAGCUUAAGUACCUUGCAUAUCUGCAAUUUACCGAACAUCAGAGGAUUCUUCUCCAACAAUGACAACCUUACUGCAGAACUCAACCAAAGUGCUAACAAGCACUUCCUUUUCGGGGAAAAGGACGCACUGGCAAGCUUGAAGAAUUUGGAACUCAGUGAUAUGGAUGAUGCAAUGUUGUUAUGCUACCAAUUAGUUUCCCAUUGCUGCUUCAGAGGACUUGAGUAUUUAAGCAUCCGGAAUUGCAAGAAUCUCCCUCCUUAUUUGUUUAUUGAUCCUGUGAAUGAUGCUCGAAUUAUUAGUGCAGAGGAAGAGGAAAAAGAAUACGGAGAAAACGUGACUGCUAACUCCCUGCUAUUUCCUCAUUUGAAAUAUUUGGCUCUAUAUGGACUGUCAGAUUUGAGGCAUGUUGUUUCACUGAAUAUGCAAAAGGUUCCUUUUGCUAACGUGAAAUCAGUUCAUGUACAGUCCUGCGAGAGACUACUUCACUUCUCUUCGCUAUCUGUAGCCAGGAUUUUUUCGCAGCACGUUGAAAUAUUGUCAUUUAGGGAUUGUAAGGAGAUGGAACAAGUAUUUGUUUUAGAGGAAAAUGAAGUGGAUGGGGCUGAUCAAAGUCAAAUCCCUGGCAUCCAGUUCCCGAGGUUGCGGGAGUUAUUGCUUUGCAAUUUACCAGCACUCACGAGUUUUUGCAAGGGGGUUAACAACAUUGAGUUCCCAAGUUUGAGGUACUUAGAAAUUUCUGACUUGAACGACAUAAAAGGUCUAGUGAUUCCCACAAAUGGAGAGCAAUCCAGUGGCAUGCGUUUCCUUUUUGGAACUAAGCAUCUGGAACUCCGUGACUUAGACAGUGAGUUAUGGUUCCACCAACUUUUCUCAAGCACACAGUCCUUCAGAGAAUUGGAAAUUUUACGCAUUUUAAACUGCAACAAGAUGAGGAACUUGUUUUCUUCUUCUUCAAUCGGGGCCUUGGUGAAUCUGAAGAACCUCGCUAUAUGGAACUGCUCACAGAUUGAAGCUGUAAUUGUAGAUGAUGAAGAAGGAGAGGGAAUGAGCAUGAAGCCUCUAUUUCUUAAAUUGAAACAUUUAUAUCUGACUGACUUACCAAAGUUGGGAAGCUUUAGCCAAAGCAAACAUGCUCUACACUUUCCCUCGCUGGAGAAGUUGUCGAUCAGCGAUUGCGGUGAAAAGCAGACCUUUGCUCAAGGAUACAUAAACACACCAAGAUUGCAGGACUUUACAAUAAAUCAUGAGCCCGUUCUGGAGAAUGACAUAAAUAGUUCCUUGUGCCAUCAAUUUGAGGAACAGCAUGCAAAACAAAGGGAAGAAGUAGCAGAAACAAUAGUCACGGAAGAAGAGGAGGAGGAUGUGCCGCAGGAUAUUCAUGCAAAUGAUGAAGAAAUGGAAGAAGUAGCAGCAGAUCAACUAACAGCUGAAGUAGAGGAGGAUGAGAAAAAAGAAAUAAUGGAAGAAUAAGCAGAGCAAAUAAUUAACAACUGAUCAUGGUCGCAACUAUAUUUUCAAUGACAAGAAUUGAAAGUGCAGAAGAGGAAUCCUACAAGUCUAUCACGUAUUCUAACUCGUAUUCUAGAGUUGAUGUUGACCUGAAAGCUGAGUUACAUUUGUUAGCUGAUCAGUUUGCACCUUUGUUACUUAAAGCACACCAGCGUCCAUGACAGCAUCAGUUAUGAAGGACUUCCUGAAAAUGGAUACUAACGAUGAAAUGAAACUCCUGCACAAAUCUGACAAAAGGACAAUUCAAAAGAGGCAUGUUGCUACACAGCAAAUAAAUAGAAAUGUCCAGAUGAGGAUGCAGCUCAUGUGAAACUUGAGGCGACAAAGAGAGCUUCAGGAGCGUUACCAAGAAGCUGAAAAGAGUUAGUUUUGUUUCUCAAAUAUGGCCAAGAGGCAACAGACGAUUCAGGUUAUGGAUUUGCGCAACAUUCCCAAGCGGGGCCUCCACAAGCAAGGUCCUGGCCAUAGAAAUCCUCAUAUGAGACCGGGUAGCCAUAAUACAAUAAUAGGCAUUUGGUAAAUAGAUGUCGGUGGGUCAUUUCUUCGCCUUUCCAAGUCAAUCUUGUGGAAGAGCUCAAGAUAUAGUGGAUCUCGUCUACUUGAUAGGCCACUCCAAAAUUAGGAGAGGCACAGGUUUUGGAAUGUUUUCGAAGUUGAGCAAUGCUUAAUUAGACAUAUUCCAGAAAAUACAGAACAAGGUUUGGAAAAUUGGGUCUGAAUAUCUUCAUCUGUGCCCCUGUUUUCGAUGACUGUUUUUGCACAUUAACCUUCCUUUAUUUCAUGGAAAUGCCCUGAAUUGCAAUUUGCAAAGAAUAAGUGCAUUUUCAUGAGGCUGGAGUUGAUUUUUGUAUACAGAUGAUUCAAAUAUGAAAGCAAUAUAAAAGUUGGACUCA